AUGGCUGUACUAAGAGCGUUCAUCGUUGGGACCGUGACAGUACAUCUUACGCAUGUAGUCUACAAGUGGAACGAUUCCUCUCAUAGGACCGUGGAGAUUCUUGUCGGACAACGCUUGGAUUAUUACAGGAGACACGAAAAAGACUGCUUGACGACGGACGUCGACGAUGCCAUAGAUGUCGAGGUCAUGAUCUCCAUCAAACUCGUUCAAGAACCCGGCGCUGCUUUUCCCGUGGCUCACGUCACGUUCAUGCCUUCGGCUGGUCGCCAGCGUAUUCGCGUUCCUCCCGGGUUCAGGAUCGUCUUGAGAAAUGACUCUUCCAUUAGCGUCGAGCGUAUGCCACUCGAAGGAGCUGUCCCCCCCGCGCUGACUGACGCGCAAGUGCACAAUGCAAACUGCUACUGGUCUGUGCCGAGGCGGGAGGACGGACACGCCGUCAGAGAAGCGUGGCUCAGCUAUGAAUGGGCAGGCACCUCAGAACAUGGCGCCCUUCUCUGGCCCGUCUUCAAACAGCCUACCAGCUUUGACCGUGAAUCACUCAAGGAUGUCAUCACGCCGUGGUCUGUCCGGCACUUCCUUCUUAACAAGGCUCUCGAAGACAGAUACAACCCCAUUCCGUCCGCUGUCUUCGUAGAGAAGCGUUUCCGUGUCCACCACGCACGCAAACGAUUCAGCCUCACCAAUAUCAACCGCCUGAUGAUCUUGGCCGGAGCCCCUGAGGAACGUCGCGCGGAUUUAGAAUAUGGUGCGAAGCUCGUUAUGGCUGCAUUGAACUCGGAAGUGGUCACGGACGCGGUGUAUGAGGAGACUCUCGCAGAUGCCUACGCACAGGGCAUGCUGGGUGUGUAG